AUGCCACGGAGAAGGAAAACUGGUGGGAGUCCUUCUCGCAAGAAUGGCGCCAUUGCUAUAUCCCAACGGGACCCAAGCCACACACUGUCACAAGUAGUGCACAGUGUCAACAAGGAAGAGCUCUUCAACAGCAUGUCAGAAAUGUUUUCUGACCUAGAUCCUAGUGUGGUUUAUAUGGUUCUGUCAGAAUGUGAUUUUAAAGUAGAAAACGCUAUGGAUUAUCUGCUAGAGCUGUCCACCCACGCCAAAGGAGUAGCAUCUUCAAAAAUGUUGGGUUUUGAUUCAAUAGCAUCAUCACUAGCACUUGUUAAUCAGCAAAGAUCUGUCACAAAUGCAAGAAUAGGGGAAAGUACUGCAGAACAAAGCAAUUCUGAAGAAGAAAAAGAAAAGGUAUUCUCACCUGAUGUGCAGCUGACUGAAGAACUGGAUUCUUUGAUAGAAAACGCCUUUCAAAAAUGCAGCUUGAGUGAUGAAUUGCCUAAUUCUGCAAAUGACCAAAUAGUGCAUAAGCACUCUGUGCAACACGAUGGCUUUAAUGAAUUUCCUGAGUGGGAAAAAUCUGAUUCAGUUUGCAGUGUCGUAAUUCUUCCACAACAAACAGGGACAAAUACUGAGAUUUUAGAAAACUUUAGCUUUUCUCAACCUCCAGUGAGUCAGCUGAGUGUCCAGAUGAGCUCGCCAGCUCAGAUAUUGGAAGAUUCUGAUGUGUCAGAAACACAUGUUCAGCAUGAUGUAGCUUCAGAAAUCUAUAAACCAUCAAAUGGAGAAAAAUCAUGUGGAAAUUCCUGUCAGAUACAAGACACUGUUCUGGAUCAAAAAAGUAUGACUGCUGCUUCUGCUGAGUCUUCCCAAAGACUUCAGGAACUUGGAGUAGCUCUCAGUGGAAAUCCUAAUUCAGGGUGCCUGGAACAGCACGAAGAGGUAAUGACUGCCUUUAACAGCUGUGAGAGCACUUCUCUUGCAAAGGCAUCUGUCUCUCUUGAAGCAUCGGGUUUUAAAACACCGGAUCCUGGGGAUUUUCAGCAAACUCAGAGAGAUUAUAACUCUAAUUUUUCUACACCGUCAAGUCAACCUCAACAACGCUGGAAUCUAAUGGCUCCUGUGUUUUAUCCAUCCAGUCAAAGUCACAACUUUGUAACUCCUGUGGCUGUCAGCCCAGGACAGUGGAAACCUGUUUCAGACUAUAGGUCUUUGGAAAAAGGACUUUGUUUUUCUUCUCCAGUGGUUUCAAAUGCCUGGGAGAGCGACUGUUCUCUGAAGGUAUGGGGAAAUCAAGAUAGAAACUCAAAAUUGAACCUCUCGCAAGCACAGCAGCCACCUGUUUGUCACAUGAUGAGAAAAACGAUGCACCUUGUAGGUCAAGUACUUGUUCUUCUCAGAGGUGUUCCAGGAUCAGGAAAAUCAUAUUUGGCAAGGGCUUUGCUUGAGGAUAACCCGGGUGGAAUCAUUCUUAGUACUGACGAUUACUUUUAUAAACAUGGACAAUACCAUUAUGAUCCUGAUUGCUUAGGGGAAGCACAUGACUGGAACAGGAAACGAGCCAAAGAAGCAUUUGAAAUGAGAAUCUCUCCUAUAAUAAUAGACAACACAAACAUACAAGCAUGGGAGAUGAAACCUUAUGUUACUCUGGCUCAGCAGUUCAAAUACAAAGUUAUGUUCCGAGAACCAGACACUUGGUGGAAGUUUAAACCCAAAGAACUUGAAAGGAGAAACAUUCAUGGUGUAUCUAAAGAAAAGAUCAAAAGAAUGUUGGAACGAUAUGAACGCUGCCUUACUGUUAGUUCGAUAUUGGAUUCUUCAGUCCCAGAUAAAUCAGAAGCUGUUGACUGGAGUGAGGAACCUUGUCAGGAGGAAAGCCAUGGAGAGAGAGAGGCUCGUUGUGAUGUAAAAGGAGAGAAAACUUUUUCUUCUGAUGUGGAGCCUCUUGAAUUAGCUGAAGAUGAUAAAACUUUUCCUGAUACUUUUCUAACAUUAGAAAGUAACUGUGAUCCUGAACAUUUUCAGAAAGAGGAAAAGGAAAUGAAAAAUAAUUCAGUAGAACACACUUCUGAGAUCAGCACUGUUCAAGAUGACUUGGCUGUUUAUUUAUCAGAUUGUGUAGAAAAAGAACUCCCCUUGGAGAAGAAGGAAGAAAAGGAAGAAAAACCACAAAAAAAUACUGAGGGAGAAGUGAAGGAGUUUGAUGUGGCCACGGCUGGAGAGACUGUGUGCUUGCAUACAGGAGGAGCUGAGGAAUACGGUGAUAACAGCAUCCUUAAAGUUAAAACUGAAGUUGAACAAUCUGGUGAAAUACAUACAGAACAAGAAUCGACACAAGGUAGUGACGUAGUGGAAGCAAGCAGUUCAGCUUUUGACACAUCAGAAAAACCAGAACUAAAUUUCCUGGGUGACUGGCCUGUAGAACAAACAAUGGGGCAGAGAAUCAAAAGAGCUAGAAGACUAGAAAAAUCUUCCCUGAAGAGCGAUAAGGAAGGUAAAACUCUCAGUCAACAGCACCCUGAGUUAGAUAAAGAGCAGGCGGGCUUGCCUGUGACCUGUACUGUUGAAAAAACAUGUGAGGAAGAAAAUCUAACCUCUAGCUGUUCCUCUUUUAGUUCAGAUAAAGUUACAGCAGAAUUGCAAAUGGUAGGACAUUGGCCUGUCUCGGGCUCAUUAGAACAGAGGCAGCAAAGGUCAAGGAGAAUGAGAAAGACAAGUCUAAAUCGGUCUGAUGAAGGCAGAGAUACUGAUGGUAACAUUAAUAGCAAUACUCUUGAGACUGUAGAUGUGCUUUGUGGGAUGCCUGUAAACACUGCAGAGCAACUGGAUACAGAGAGUUUGCAUAUGCACCAACCUGAAACAGAAGCUAGUGAAACAGUAGACGAGAAGAAAACCCAGCAAAAUAAGAGAAUGAGGAAACAUCACAAAUUAGCCCUCACUUUUACAAACAACAAUUUGCCGCAUCCCAAAGAGGAGGAACACUUGUCUAUGCUUAAUGCGGCAGAAGACACACAAGACACGUGCUCAUGUAGACAAGAAAGUAGCUGUUCACAGACUGAAUCACAAGACUUUGCUCUCCUGUGGAGAUUGGAAAAGAAAAUGCUUUUUCCUGAGACUACCAAAGUAUUGCAUGGCAGACUAGAUGGCUUCAAACCCAAAGACAUAGGUAAUGCCUCAGAUUCUCAGGAGAAAAUACCCUAUCGAGUUAUGUAUGAUAAAAGUACAUUUGUGGAAGAAAGUGAACUUCUCGAUAUUGAUGAGUCUGAAAAGCUAGAUAUGCUGUGUAAGCUCUUUGAGUCUGUUUCAUAUGAAGCUGUGAAAGAUCUGUAUGAAAGGUGUAACAAAGACAUAGACUGGGCCAUGGGUCUGCUGUUAGACUCUGAUGAAAAGUUACGCAAAGAUGUCGAUGCUGAAUGCUGUCAAGUAAGCAAAGCUGAGCCAGUCAUAACAGACCUCGAUUUCAAGGCAAGUACAAACUGUGGUGAGAAUCUCAAAGACUGCGAACAAGCACCACAAAUAAUUGAGGCGGGCGAUAUCUCUGAGCCUUUAGAAGACAAGGACUCAUCGCUCAGCGUUGCAGGAAAUCAGGCUACCAAGGCAACUGUGAUAGGUGCUGAUGUGUCUGACCCAUUGACUGUUACGUCACUGAAUGAUUCAGUGGAACUGAUGAAUUCUGGAAAUGCAGCCCCUGGAGCUGAUGCAUGCAGCUUGGCAGCAGAUAUUAUUGAACCAUCCGUUUCAGAAGGGCAGAAGAUAGAGUCUGAGAGUCCUGUUGAAGAAACUAUAAAUAAGCCAUCGGUCUCAGAACUUGAUGCAGGUUUCUUUAUACCCAUGACUUUGCCUUGUGGUAGUAACACAACUUUGACCAAUCUGAAAUUUGAACUAAAUAGCAGAAGUGACAGUAACCCUUCAGAAAGCAGUGCAGAGAAUUCCAAAGUGACUGCUUCAUUACUGGAAGCGGAUUGUGCACCUCUUGUUGGUCCUAGGAAUGAUAAAGAACUAGAGAUGGAUAAAGAAACCCAGGGCAGAUCCAGGGAGACACAUGGUAAAGAAGUAAUUGAAACACCCAGCUGGGAUGAAACUAAAGCCAAGAUACAAAGACCUACACCAGCAUCACGUGCAGCCUUCAAUAUAGAUUGCCUAGAACUAACGUUACCUCCUGAACUGGCACUCCAGUUGAAAGAAAUUUUUGGGCCUGUUGGCAUUGAUGCAGGAUCACUAACUGUUGAGGAUUGUGUGGUUCAUAUUGAUCUGAAUUUGGCAAAAGUGAUUCAUGAAAAAUGGAAAGAAUCUAUUCUGAAGCGUCAGAGGAGAGAUGAAUCAUGUAAGUUGUCUACAGAAGGUUCUACUGUGAUUCAGCAGAUAGAAACAGAUGACACAGAAAUGCUAAUGUUAUCUCAGAAUGCAGACAGUAAAAUACAGAAGAAAAAAAUGAGCUGGGUUUCAGGCUCAUCUAGUGACAUGCACUCUAGAAAACCACCAACAUCAGACGUUUUUCCUUUUAUGGAUCACUGGAAUGCUCAGAUCCAGAAAGUUUCUCUCAGACAAAUAAUUUCUGAAGAAAUAGCAAUGCAGGAGAAACAGGACCUGAAUCGUGUUCCUUCUACGGCUAGAAAAGACUGUGCUGCUAAACUAAAGGAGAAGCAACUUUUUGAGAUGUUCCCAACUAUUAAUCAGAAUUUCUUAAUGGAUGUCUUCAAGGACAACAACUACUCUUUAGAACAAACUGAGCAGUUUCUGAAUUGUGUUCUGGAGGCAGAUCCUGUAAAAACAGUUAUAGCUCAAGAAAGUGUUCAGCAAAAUGAAAUUGUUUCUUCCUACGGUGCUACAAAGAACCGGGAGAAGAAGGCAAAAAAAAAUAAGGAAGAGGAUGAUCCUUUGAGCGAAGUAUUUCAAGAUUUUGAGUAUCCGCAAUAUGAUGAUUUAAGAGCAGAAGCAUUUUGUCACCAGCAAAAGAGACAGGAAUGUUUGAAAAAGGCCGGGGAGGCCUAUCGCAUGGGUAUGAAGUCUGUGGCAGCAUUUUAUGCACAUCAGGGUCGCCUUCAUGAGCAGAAGAUGAAAGAAGCCAACCAUGCAGCUGCCGUGAAAAUCUUCGAGAGAGUAAAUACGUCCUUGCUGCCUAUGAACGUGUUGGACCUGCAUGGUCUCCACGUGGAUGAAGCUGUGAAUCAGUUGUCCAGAGUGCUACAGGAGAAAAGCGAAGAGUACCAGCAGACUGGUGGUAAACCCUAUCUCUGUGUUAUCACGGGAAGAGGAAGCCAUAGUCAGGGAGGAGUUGCUCGCAUCAGACCAGCAGCUAUCAGAUACCUCACAAGCCACAACUUCAGGUUCACAGAAAUAAAGCCAGGCUGCCUGAAAGUCAUGUUGAAUUGAAGGGUUGUCGAGAAGAGGAAUAUAGAAACCAUGAUGUCAGAUUGCAGCUAAAAACUUUGAACAACUGCAGUAGUGUUUUUGUAAUCAGUUUUAAAGGACGACAUUUUAUUACAAACGGUCCCAAUUUACAGCAAGUGGUUUUGUCAGUACGUUUCCAGGAAAAUUUU